CUAACUUCAAGACAGUGAGUAAGCGGCCCCUGACAAAGCACGAAUGUUGCUUUAAACAAUUUGAAGAAAAUUUCUUCUUAAUUGUCAACGCAACCAAAAUUCUGGCAAAAUUGUGCGCGUUCGUGCCCGAUGUCUAGUGCUGAAGUCGCCGAUAAUUCCGUUGACCCCCCGGCGAAAAAGCGGAAACUAAAUACAGGAGAAGCGCAUUCGAACAACUCGGCAAUGGCGAACAAUGGAGCGCGCGUGGAAGAUGAAAUCGACGAGAGUCUGUACUCGCGCCAGCUCUACGUGCUUGGCCACGACGCUAUGCGUCGGAUGGCGAGUUCUGAUGUCCUUAUAUCUGGCCUUGGCGGUUUAGGUGUCGAAAUAGCGAAAAACGUUAUCCUUGGUGGUGUAAAGUCGGUAACUUUGCAUGACGACAAAAAUUGCACCGUGGCUGAUCUUUCCUCGCAGUUCUACCUUUCAGAGACUGUAAUUGGUCAGAACAAGGCUUUAACAUCGUGCGAACAACUUUCUGAACUGAACCACUAUGUGCCCACUACUGCUUACACAGGACCUUUAACUGAAGACUUUUUGCGUAAGUUCCGUGUUGUGGUCCUCACAGGAGCAUCGUGGGCUGAGCAGGAGCGAGUAGCUGCGUUCACUCACGCCAAUAACAUAGCAUUGGUCAUUGCUGAUACUAGAGGCCUGUUCUCACAAGUGUUCUGUGACUUCGGACCAGAGUUUACGGUGUUAGAUGUAAAUGGAGAGAAUCCAGUCUCAGCUAUGAUUGCAGCCAUUACGCAAGACUAUGAGGCAGUUGUGACAUGUUUGGAUGAUACUCGUCACGGAUUGGAGGAUGGCGACUAUGUUACGUUUAGUGAGGUUCAAGGUAUGACAGAACUAAAUGGCUGUGAACCCCGCAAGAUCAAAGUCCUUGGUCCCUACACUUUUAGUAUAGGUGAUACUACAAACUUCUCCAAAUACAUCCGAGGAGGUAUUGUUACACAGGUCAAAAUGCCCAAGAAGAUCAACUUCAAGCCUUUGAGUGAAUCAUUCAAACAACCAGAAUUCUUGAUCUCUGAUUUUGCCAAGUUUGAAUAUCCACAGCAGUUGCAUUUGGCUUUUGCUGCUCUUCACAAGUUCCAGGCUGGAGAAGGUCGUCUGCCAAAGCCAUGGAAUGAUGAAGAUGUGGCAAAAUUCAAGCUGUAUGUGAAAACUGUUCUAGAGGAUGGACUUUAUAAGGAUGAAGAUUUUGAAGUGAAUACUGAAUUAUUGGAAACAUUCUGUAAGAUAUCGUCAGGAGACCUAAAUCCUAUGAACGCAGCGAUAGGCGGUGUGGUUGCUCAAGAGGUAAUGAAGGCUUGUUCUGGCAAGUUCCACCCACUUGUACAGUGGCUUUACUUGGAUGCUAUUGAGUGCUUACCUAAAGACCAUUCAACUCUCACCGAAGAAAAUUGCAAACCAGUCGGUUCACGAUAUGAUGGACAGGUAGCUGUUUUUGGUAGAGAAUUCCAAAAGAAACUUGGACAGCUUAAGUAUUUUAUUGUGGGUGCUGGUGCUAUCGGAUGUGAAUUAUUAAAGAACUUUGCCAUGAUUGGUGUGGGUGCUGAUGGAGGACAAAUUACAGUCACUGAUAUGGACCUCAUUGAGAAGUCUAACCUCAACAGGCAGUUCUUGUUUAGGCCUUAUGAUGUACAGAAACCGAAAUCUAGUACUGCAGCUAAUGUAAUUAAACGCAUGAAUCCAGCAGUCAAUGUUUUGGCACAAGAAAACAGAGUUUGCCCUGAGACCGAGUCCGUCUACAAUGAUGCAUUCUUUGAAGCAUUGGAUGGUGUAGCCAAUGCACUCGACAAUGUCGACGCCCGUAUAUACAUGGACAGACGGUGUGUGUAUUAUAGAAAACCUUUAUUGGAGAGUGGCACCCUUGGAACUAAAGGAAAUACACAGGUGGUUGUUCCAUUCCUUACGGAAUCUUACAGCUCAUCCCAGGACCCGCCUGAGAAGAGUAUCCCUAUUUGUACGCUCAAGAACUUCCCGAAUGCCAUUGAACACACACUACAAUGGGCUCGCGAUGAAUUCGAAGGUUUAUUCCGUCAGGCUGCUGAGCAUGCUGCUCAAUACUUGCAGGACCCGAAUUUCUUGGACCGCUGUCUUAAAUUGCCUGGUACUCAGCCUUUGGAUGCUAUUGAGAGUGUGCGAAACGCUAUAAACGAACGCCCUCACAGUUUCGACGACUGCGUGAUAUGGGCGAGACAUCAUUGGGAGAACCAAUACGCGAACCAGAUCAAGCAGCUCCUUUACAACUUCCCGGCGAAACAGUUGACCACGAGCGGAGCGCCUUUCUGGUCCGGACCGAAGCGUUGUCCUUCACCCCUCGCCUUCGAUCCUAAUGAUGAACUACACGUCGAUUACAUUGUUGCUGCAGCGAACCUCAGGGCUACGGUAUAUGGAAUCCCAUCCUGUGUUGACAGGGAAAACAUCGCCAAGCUUGCCGCUAGCAUACAGGUACCGAAAUUCAGCCCCAAAUCCGGCGUGAAGAUCGCGGUGAGCGAUGCUCAGUUACAGCAAAACAAUGACGAGAUGGAUCAAGACAGGGUUAAGAACAUGAUCGCAGAGCUGCCGUCGCCCAGCAAACUCGGAUCUCUUAAGAUCACACCGCUAGAAUUCGAAAAAGAUGAUGAUACUAAUUUCCACAUGGACUUCAUUGUUGCCGCCUCUAACCUGCGGGCUACCAAUUACAAGAUCACACCAGCCGACAGACAUCGCUCUAAACUCAUCGCUGGCAAGAUUAUCCCUGCCAUUGCCACCACAACAUCCGUAGUGGCUGGCUUGGUCUGCCUCGAACUUUACAAACUGGCCCAAGGCUUCAAUAAGCUAGAAGUGUUCAAGAAUGGCUUCGUCAACCUUGCCCUGCCCUUCUUCGGUUUCUCUGAACCGAUCGCGCCGUCGACCAAUACCUACAAUGAGAAUAAGUGGACAUUAUGGGACAGAUUUGAAGUUAAAGGAGAGAUUACAUUGCAGCAAUUUUUAGAUCACUUCAAAAACGAACACAAGUUGGAGAUCACCAUGUUGUCUCAAGGUGUGUGCAUGCUUUAUUCGUUCUUCAUGCCCAAAGCCAAGCGGCUGGAACGAUUGAACCUGCCAAUGUCGGAGGUGGUCACAAAAGUGUCCAAGAAGAAGUUGGAACCGCAUGUGAAUGCAUUAGUUUUUGAAUUGUGCUGCAAUGAUGAUGACGGGAACGAUGUGGAGGUCCCGUAUGUAAAAUACACUCUGCCUUAGUCUAUUUAAUGUGAUCUUGAGCCCUCCCAAAGUGGUGCAGAAAAAUAAUAGUUACCACUACGCAGAGAGGGUUCUAUUUAAUACCGUGAUAGUUAAUAUAAAUUGUGUGAUUAUAUUUGUGCUUCAGAAUUUGCUUCAGUCUAAAUUUCAAAUAAUUACUCAUAGUCGUUUCGUUUCAUUCGUUUGCUCACUGUCAAAUGAUGAUGUGCUGCAUUUUUAUUAUUAUUUUACGUCGU